GUUUUUUAAUAAAAACCAUUCACAAAUUACAAUUCAGAGAAUGCUGUACAAAUUCUACUCAUUUAAAAGAGCAUAAUUUCAGUAAAAUUAAACGAUUUUAUACAGCUGUCAAUUGAUAUUCUAUCGAAAUUUGCCCAAACGUUGACAAAUUUUUCAACGCCCAAAAAAAUUACUGGAAGGUCUUGCAACUGCAGCUAGUUUUGCUGAACGAUCGGGGUCAGGUUCCGACAAAAUUAAGCAACGAUGGUCGAUACACAUAUCAUUCCAAACGAGAGAACCAGCGAAGCGAUAUCACUUGAUAAUUUCGACUCUUCGAUGAAUAGUUCAGGGGACACUUUUCGUCCUUUUAACUCUUCGGCCGAGCAGGUCGAGGACUUCGAUUUCAGUGUCUUGGUAAACGUGAUCCGGCUGUGCAUAGCGUUCGUCGGGAUCCUUGCCAAUGGGGUACUGUUCGCAGUUUUUGGCUACUUUCCCAUAUUCAACAUUCCUUCCAAUCACUUUAUUUUAUCCCUCGCAAUCAAUGACGUAAUGUCACUGACGUAUGACGUAAUGUUUAUCUUCCUGCAUUACGUCACCCCUGGAUUGGCCAAUGAGAUCCCGUGUAUGGUGUCUAACUUCGGCAUCUAUUUCGUGGUCAUUAAUCUGACCCAGUUGGCGGCCAUAGCGGUGGAGAGAUUCCUCUUCAUAAGGAGACCCCUUCACUACUACCAGUUAAUUACAAAAUGGAAACCCAUGCUUAUCUACGGAUCAUGGCUUGUUCCGGCGGGACUGUUUGCCCCCCUCGUGUGGUUGAUGCAGUGUGAACAAGUGGGUCCUCGGCCUCUGUUCAUGAGUCUGUUCGGCAGCUACCUCCUUCUCGGCUUCCUCUCCAUCGCAUAUCUCUACUUCCUCGUGUUCCGAUCAGCCCACGACCAGAUGAAGAGCAUGAUAUCAGCAUACCCACACGUGCAAAACAGCGACGACAUGGGACACAACGUGAAGCUGCUGCGUGGCUACUUUCUAAUUGUGGGCUCCACGUUCGUCGCCUACUCCCUCCCCAUUUCCAUCUUCGUCGCAUUCGCAGUCCACCCCUCCCUCCUCCCCACCCUCAUGAAGAUCAAACAUCUGGCCGCCGUGCUGGCAACCAUGAACAACUCCAUCAACCCUUUCGUCUACUUCUUCUGCCAGAAAACAUUCAAGGACUGUGUCACUAAACUUGCCCUGAAGAUGCGGAGAUGUCGAGACACUUUGGGCAUGGCGGACACCAACGGGGUUGCAUUGGGGGGACGAGAUAUGCAUGACAACUGCCGCCUCAACUCGUUCCAAUUACACCGACCUCAAAAUUCAAAUGAGUCACAACACAUUAACUCUCACUGUGUAUAGAUAUAGGUUGAAGCAAGAUUUUCAGAUCAGUUAAAAUUUCUAAUGGGCUCUUCGAAUCGCU